UUUCAGUCAGCACACUUUCGAGGCUCCCAAAACUCUUGUAGUCCAGAACUCUGCAAUUGCCAGUCGUUCCCAUUUGCAGCACAUAAUUUGGACUCUUAAUGGGAUCAGAAUUUCCCCCAGGACUCUGAGCGGGGCCUCUGAUCUCGGUACUCAGUAGAAGGUAGUUGGCAGAUCAUACGUCCCUACAGAAAAGUAAAAGGAGAAGUGUAGUCAGGUUAUGGUACCGAAAUAGCAUUCUUCAGCUGGCAUUGGGAGAACUGAAGCAGUCACAGUAAUCGACCAUGGAGAAAACUACUUCGUUGGUAAUUGUGUGCUUGCUGCAACUGACGGCAUCAGCCAUCAGUAAAAAGGAUGCUCCUACAUGUACGAAGAGGAUCGACACGCAUUGUCAUUUCGUGCCACCAUUCUACGCUGAGCUGCUGCAGGAGAACAACAUCACUGCAGGAGGACGGGCAAUUCCUUCAUGGAGCGCUAUCCAACAUCUGGAAGUGAUGGAUCUGUUGAAUGUGUCUUUGUCCAUCGUUGCAAUUUCGACGCCUGCGGCUGUUCUCACGCGGGACUAUCCGGUGAAUGAAAGCCGCCAGCUCGCUCGACGGCUCAACGAGUAUGCUUACAACCUGUCCAUGGAGUACCCGCAGAGGUUCAGCUUCUUCGCCACUUUGACUCUACCGGACGUCGAGGGAUCCGUUGCCGAAGCUAUAUAUGCACUCGACACUCUGAACGCUGCAGGCGUCAUGAUUCUCGCCACUAGCUCCGAUGAACUGCUCGGUAGUCCACGUUUUGAUCCUCUAUAUGCUGAGCUAGACAAACGAAACGCCACCGUCUUCGUGCAUCCGAGCCAAUCUCCAUGUCCCGGGCAGCAGUCAUCACCAGUCAACGAAGGCAGUACGGCACUCCCUCCUUUCGCAGUGGAUUUCCUCCUGGACACGACGCGAGCGGCAGCGAAUCUGAUAUUCAGAAACGUGACGCUAAAGUACCCGAACGUGAAGCACAUUUUCGCUCAUUCCGGAGGGUUCCUUCCAUUCGCUACCUUUCGUAUCGUGAAAAUCUUGAAGGGGUUGACGAACCAAACAGAGGAGGCCAUCAUGUCUCAGUUGGAGAAAUUCUACGUGGACACGGCGCUGUCGGCCUCCAAGUACGCGCUUCCCAGCACCAUUUCGCUUCUGGGCACCAACCACUUGACUUUCGGCAGUGACUACCCUUUUGCUCCAGCUGAUGCUUACGUUCCUAAUACUGAGAAUUUGGAUCAAUUCCUCAGGAAAGAUUUGACCAUAAGAGCCCAAAAACAGAUCAAUUUCAAAACUGCCGCUGAUUUGUUCAGCCACGUACUCUAAGAUUACAUUCUGAGAACCAUGGGUCACUGAUGGGAUACAUACAGGAAUAGAAAGGGAUUAUAUCAUAUGCAUAAGCUAUCAUUCUAGAGGUCAGAUUCGUGAUUGAUGACAAAAUCCUCUUUGUCAUCAAUCAAAUUCUUUUCAAUCUUGAUACUAACAUAGGUUUCAAUUACCCACCCACCUGCUUAACAGUUCAGCAAUGUCAGCGAUGAUUGUCGCAGCUGGUAUUAUUGGCGCUGUCAAAUCUUAUGUCACCUUGCUAUUCUCGUGCCAGUCGCUAGGAAGCUUCAUUCAUAUCUCAGUCAUGACCAUAAAAAACAGAAGUCCACAAAUCAAACAUAAAAAGCGGCUACGACUUUUAUAGACGCCUAUAAAAGUCUUAGAGAGUUACAUUGGAGUUAGCGGUGCGGUCAGCUCCGAUAAAAGAGGUUGGAGAGACUUUCUCUACCAACUGUACAUUCGUAUGCUGAGCAAGAAGUCAACAAUAAGAGUGACAAAAGUUAUGUUUUGUCAAAAAAUGUAUAUGUAAAAAAUAUACCGCUUCCGUUUUUGGAUGUUAUGUAAUUACAUACAUCCAAAGAGAAGAAUUUUUCUAAGAUGUAACGCUGA